UUCACCAACUUCCGGUUCAUUUUGUUGACUGCAACUCGUACAGUUUUGCUAGGAAAUCUUUUAGUUAAACGUGUCGCAGUUAUGUAGACAGCUCACUAACAGAAGACCAGCAGGCCCUCCUCCAUGAGCCGUGUGUGUGUCCGUGAGGAAAGAGUGGACUGAGAGAGAAUGUGGCAGAGUGUGGGCUUGACUGUGCUGGUCAUCGUGGCCACUCUCUUCUGUGUGCUGCUCUUCUUGCUCUUCGGUUGGUACGUGGUGUGGCAGCUCUUCCUGUCCAAGUUUAAGUUCCUGCGCGAGCUGGUCGGGGACACGGGCUCGCCACAGGCUGAAACGGAACCCUCGGAAUCUGAGAGCGAGCGCAGCUCCCCUCCGACACCUCGCCAUCGAACCAAACCCACACGCCAAAGAGUAGCUUUUCCGAGCAGCACUACAUAAAAUUGAAGAAAGCCCCAUCAAGUUCCAGAAUUCAAUUAUAAAAAAGCACUUACUGCUUUUUAGACCUUGCCAAACAUAAACUAAAGGUUGCCAAGCGGAAUUAAACACUUCAUAUCAGCAUGUAUAGUCGUAGUUUAUACAGCGUUUUCCUUGACUAAAAUGACAGCUUCUCUCCCUCUACUCUCCCGGCUUUCACUGCUUCCUCUCCGUCCUUUAGUUUUAUUCCAUGGUCAGAAAUUUGUUCACUGUUUCUUCAUUAAUGAUUAGUUAAUGGCGAGUCCUUUAUCAAAGAUCACUUCCAGGACCUUACAGACAGCUUGUGAUCCUAAGCGUACUUGAACUACAGUGUUUUUUGUUUCUAAAACUCUCACACAGCCUCCCGCGCACCGUUUGACUGACUUGCCAUCAUGCUGCUAACCAUUUCAUUCACGUUACCGUAUACAGGCUGCUAGAGGAAAGGGAACGGUGAAACGAGGCUCUGAAGCUAAACACCUCACGCAAACUGACAAAACAGACCAGCUUUAUAUACACUCGACUCUUUUAGACGCAAAGAGGAAUGAACGAGUUCCAGAAAACACCUCCGUAGCGAGACGGAUGGAGCUUUACCGAGGCCGCUCAUAUAGGAAUUUUAGGAUUUGUUGUUUUGUUUAACCAUGCUACAGAUAAAUAUCAAUAAUCAGAUCUGUUACUAGUCGACUCUGCAUCUUCUGAUCUCAAGAAAGAGUCAGAUCCCACUGGAAAAUGCGUAAUGCAGCACGGAAGCUGAUAUGUUUUAUGUUUUAGGAUCGUUUCUGUUAUGGCAGCAGAUGUAUUUUUCCCUUCACAAUAAAAGUAUUGGAUAAAA